GUUCUAAAACGAAGGGGCGGGGGAGGCGGAGAUGGUGGGGUGGAGGUAAAAGGAGGCGGGGCAGCGGGGCGCGGAUGGGUACAGAGAACUUUGCGAUCUGCCCAGUCGGCGGAAGAAUUUUCGGCUUCCAUCUAGGGAAAGGAAGUUUACGCCGCGUGGCAUUUCGGCCUGAGGUACUCUGGACGUCCGUGACGCCAACCACACGGGCGGAUCUUGGAACCUAGAGAGGCCUAGAAGGGACUUCCUUGACCUUAAUUGCACAGCUGAUAGAUUAGUGGUGGAUUGCGAUUUGAGACCCAAGUCUGGGCUCACCCUCGAGUGUCCUUUCCCAUUCAUGCGUGAAACUUCCCUCCUCCGUCCCCCUUGUAGAGCAGGUUCCCUGGAGCUUUUGGAGGAGAGACAGCUCGGUUACCUGGGCAACGUUGAAACAACGCUUUGUGUGCUGAGCAUAAGCAAAGGGGGCCGAGAGAAACAACCUUUUAUUAAGCGCCAAAUGUAUGCCAGGAUAAUUAGUGGAAAAUGGAAUCAGUCAUUGUGGAUCCAAGGAUAUUGUCUCUAGCUGCUGAAGUUACAGAAAGCCCUGAACAGAAUGUUCCUGUUAUUCUGUUGAAAUUAAAAGAAAUUUUAAACAGUGCCCCUUUGGGAAGCUCAGAAUUAAAGAAGAUUAAGCAGGACAUAUAUUGCUAUGAUCUCAUUCGAUAUUGUCUAUUGGUCCUUAGAAAAGAUGACACCAAAAUCCAAGGUGGUUGGAUGACUAUUUCCCAACUUGCACAAAUAUUAAGCCAAUGCUGUGUGGGCUUGGAGCCAACAGAAAAUACAGAAGAAUUUUAUAAUGAAUUGCUUCCUUCAGCUGCAGAAAAUUUCCUCAUUUUAGGAAGGCGAUUGCAAAAAUAUUACAUCAGUGCGGUUGAGAAUGAAGAAAAAGGUGAAUUCUUGUGGCAUUUCCAGAGUGUGAUCGGCUCACUGUGCUGUCUACUAACAGGGCAUAUUCAACUCACUAAAAAUGUUCUACAAAGUGGUCAUUUUUUACAUUUGUUGCUAACUGAUGAUGUUGAAACAGGAUCUGCAAUCAUGACUGUACUACAGAACAUCUUAGAAGUCAAAAGUGAAGAUUUGCUCACAAUAAAAGAAAAAACCCUUCAUUCAAUUUUAGACGAACUUGUUUUUAAGCUUUCAUCUUCAACUAGUCUUGUCAUUGGAAGUGUUGCCAUAAAACUGUUACUGUUGAUGACCAAAUCUCAUCCAGAAAUUACGAUGCUGCUGAAUAAUCGGUAUACAGGACUUAAAAGUAUGCUAAAUAAGCAGUGGUCUGGGAAAGAAAUUGAUCAAGAACUUAAACAGCUUCUCAAUCUGUUACAUUCUGGAGUCUACCAGGAAGAAGAGCAGAAAUUUUAUCAAGCAGCUUGCAAGAUCCAGGCUGCAUGGAAGGGUUUCCAGACUCGAAAGAGAAUGAAGAAACUUCCAUGUGCAGUGAUUGCUUUGCAGAGGAAUUUCAGAAAUAAGAGAGAAAAACAGCUGCUUAAACUGAAGAAGCAAAAGGAAGAAGAGGACCUCAGAUUACAAAUGCAACUUCAAAGACAAAGGGCCAUGAGAAUAUCUCGGGAAUAUCGGCUAAAUUUGCUGGAAAUAGUUCAUCCAGGUCAAGUGGGAAAACAUAUCCAAGAAAUGGAGGAAAAAUCAGCACUGAUUAUCCAGAAACACUGGAGGGGAUAUAGACAGAGGAAAAACUUUAGUCAACAAAAGCAGUCUCUAAAGGAGUAUAAGGCAGCAGUCAUCCUUCAGAGAGCAGCUCUUAAAUUCUUAAGAAAAUGCCAUCAGAAAAAAAAAAAGUCUUAUUCUUGGCAAGGAUUCCCCAAAUUUACUGAUGCACGUAGAAUGGAACUGAAGCAAAAGAUUGACAAUUAUAUCAAACAGCACUCAAUAGAUAAAAGCAAUCAAGGAAUGCAGGGCUCUGAAAUGUCAGAUGUGGCUAGCAGGGAACUUCACACCCAGGCUCAAGAGCAGCUGGGGCACUAUUUUCUAGGGAGGGCCCUAGAAGAGCGAGCACAGCAGCGAAAGGAGGCUUUGCAAGCUCAGAUCAGAACCAACAUUGAGCAGCUGAUGAGUAUGCCAAAUCUGAGGGAGAUUACAGAACAAGAGGCUGAACUCUUCAUAAGCAGAUCUCGACCUGUGGCCGCUAGAGCCAAGCAAGCCCAUCUUGCCACACUAAUAGAGAAACAAGCACCUUGGUGGAAGAAGCUUAGGGAUGAGGUUGAAGAUGAAGAAAUUAUUCCAAAGGAAUCUCUAAAUAUAGAUUUUGGAACCUUAUUUAUUGGUGGAACAUAGGAAUUUAGCCUGGCUCUCAGUCUUAAACCAUGUCACGUUAUAAUGACAUUACUCUAGUUAGGACUAUCAGUCAUCACGACUGGACAUACCAGAAGAUUUAGUAAUCUGAGUUUUCGUGACCUCCCUUCCUGGUUCCCCUUCAAAUAAGAGUUGUUCUGUAUUUUAGGAGAUAGUUAAUUUUUACUUCUAUAUUUCUUUCUCUUCUCUCUUUUCAUUUCAUUUCUCCAUUGUGAAUACCAAAGUAAUUUGAAACUUUUGCUGUAGAAUUAAACACAGAUUGGUACUAUAUUUAUGUGCAGGGCAGGGCAAAUUUUUUUAUGAUUAUACUUUUUUAGUAAUUGUUCUGAACAGUUUGACAGAUCAGUCAUUUUUCAGUUCUGUUAUUUAGAAUUCCUAGUUUUUCAUUAAAGAUAAACAUUUAAGAAAUAAAAUAAUUUUCUAAAUUUUUGAAGAAUAGCCACACAUUUUUUACAUUUCUCAUUUUCUUGAAAUCAUUGCUUUUUUAUACUUAACAGAGUUCAGAGCACAUAGAAGAUUCUCAGCUUAGGCUUUUGACUGAUGGUAUAGCUAGUUAAUAGUUUGCUAUUUUCUCAGUCACACACACAGUCUAUAUGUAUUUGAAAACCUGCUCAGGAAGAUAGUUUGCAGUUCUCUCAGUCUAUUAAGGGACUUGAAUUCUUGUGUGUAUGUGUAUGUGUAUGAGUGUAACAGGAAACUGAGGACUUCUCAGAAUAAUUGCUCCCACUCUUUUCAAUUGUGAUGGAUUAUGAGGUUUUCUCAUAAAAUUGUCAACAAAGGUAGAUUGAACCUAUAAUCUAAAUUUAGUUUAUGAAGGUCUGAUGGGUUUGGGAAAAUGAAAUAGAAUGCUUAUACUAGCUCAAAUAAACAGUUGUAAACCUUGACCACCCAUAAACCCAUAAAGUUAGGAAAACACACAUACAAACAGUUGUAAACCUUGUUUAUAUAAAAUUUAGGUCAACCAUAUGGGCCUGACUAGAAUUUAGCAAACCCUUGCUAUUUCCAAGCACUAAGCAAGGUAUUAACCAGAUGAGGAGAAGGGGGGUGGAGGGGAAGGAGGUGUCAUGGAUUCUUGUGGUUUGUGAUUAUAUAAUAGCCUUAGAUUUCUGUGGGGAUUGACCUUCCUUCACUGGGGAGGGAACCCCAAUGAGUGGACUGUCCCUUUUCUCAUGAGAUCCUAAUAAAACUUCUAUUCUUCACUUUGA